AUGCAUGAGGCAUAUGAGGUAUCACAUUUGCUUAAUGCAACAGUGCAAAUAGAAGCCAUUGCAGCUUAUGAUGGAAAUCUGUUUUUGGGGACGAGACAAGGGCAUCUAUUAAUGUAUUCUUUAUCUUCAACCAAUGGUAAUCAAAAAUAUGAACUACAAUUGCUUAGGUACUGUAAAAAUUUUAGUAAGAAACCUAUUCAACAAAUUGAAGUAGUACCAGAAGACAACUUGCUGCUAUGUCUUACUGAUAAUAUUUUAUCAUCAUAUGAUAUAAAUGGAGUCAACUUCCCACUAAUAAAAACCUUUUCUGAAACAAAAGGAGCAUCACUUUUUGCAUUAGAUAAUAAGUCUGCAACAUCAAUGACUGGUGAAUCUAACUCUGUAGUACACUUGUGUGUAGCUGUACGAAGGAAAUUACAACUUUAUUAUGGAAAAAAUGGUGAAUUUAAGAAACAUCUAUUUGACUUUACUAUACCUGAUGUCCCUAAAGUAAUGGCUUGGGGUCAACAAUACUUAUGUGUUGGAUUUAAAGGAGAAUACACUUUGUUUGAUUUAUCAUCACGUGAUCCAAAAGAACUAUUUCCGACCAGCAGUUCAAAAUCAUUAGAACCUACAAUUGCUAAAUAUUCAGAAACAUCUUUUUUACUUGGUCGCGAUAACACUUCAGUUCUGGUGGAGGAAGCUCAGGAAAUUGAGAUAAAGAAGACUAUCAAGUGGAGAGAGGCACCAAUAGCUGUUGUAUGGGACGAGCCCUUUAUUCUAGGUCUUAUGCAGGAUCAAGUUGUAGUACAGACUGUGGAACCUGCACUCUUUAUACAAACACUACCAGACCUUAAUAAAGCAAGGUUAAUGUAUAGAUGCAAGCGCGGCUUGAUAUUCGUGUCGUCAGUGGGGCAGGUGUGGUGUCUGAGCUCGGCGGACGUCACCAAGCAGCGUCAGCAACUCUUGAAGGAUAAACAUUUCCAGAUUGCCAUUGACUUGACGAAUUUGUCAUCAUGUUCAGCCGAGGAAAAGAAACAAACUAUACAUUCUAUUCAAAUGCUGUUUGCUCUCGAGUUAUUCGACAACAAAGAGUAUUCGCAAUCUAUGAGAGAGUUUAUCAAACUAAAUACCGAUCCGGCUGACGUCAUCAAGCUGUUCCCGGACUUAGACAAUAAGCCCGGCUCUGAUAAUAAUAAAAAAUUAAAAGGAAAAGACCUAGAGAAUGCACUAAAUGCGCUAAUUGAAUAUUUGGUAGAGCUUAGGUCGAAAAUAGGUAAAAGUUCAGCGGACGCGAGCGGAAGUAAAGACGAACCGUCUAAUCAACGAAACGUUGCUCAGCAAUUGGAAUUGAUUGAUACAACGCUUUUGAAGUGCUACUUACAGACGAACGACGCGUUCGUAGCCCCCCUCCUGCGGCUCAACAACGUGCGGCUGGACGAGGCGGAGCGCACGCUGCUGGCGCACGGCAAGCACAAUGACCUCAUCAUCCUCUACCAGUACAAGGGGCAGCACACGCGCGCGCUCACGUUGCUGCGGGACCUGGCCAAGCAGGCGGACUCCAGCCUCAAGGGGUAUCAUAGGACCAAGAAUUAUUUGCAACAUUUAGGUGCUGAACACAUAAAUUUAAUAUUCAAAUUCUCCGAUUGGAUAUUAAAGGAGCAUCCAGAAGAAGGCUUAAAAAUAUUUACUGAAGAUAAAGUGGAAGUAGAAAACUUGCCUCGUCCCAAAGUAUUAGACUUUCUUCUCCGCGAGCACGAUUCUCUAGUCAUUCCAUACUUAGAACAUGUCAUUCACACAUGGAACGAUACCAAUUCAUUAUUCCACGACGCUUUAAUCAGUAUGUAUAGAGAAAAGAUAACAGAUAAAAAAGCAAAUUCGACAGAAGAGGAACUGCAACAUAUAAAAUCUAAAUUAGUCGCGUUUCUGGAAAAAUCUUCGCAUUACACGCCGGAAAGGGUGAUACUACAUUUCCCAAAUGAUACAUUAUUCGAAGAGAGAGCUGUUAUUUUAGGGAAGCUCGGAAGACACGAACAGGCUUUGGCCAUUUAUGUUCAAAUACUUGGAGAUGUAGAAAGAGCCAUUAGGUACUGUGAAAACGUAGACGAGAGAUCCACCGAAAAAAAUGUCGACGUAUAUGUAAUUUUAAUGAGGAUACUCUUGAACCCUGACCAAAAUAACUCCUUAACCGGCCCAUUGUCCAACGUCCAGAAACACCCGAACUCGACUGUUCCAGACUUAGAAACGGCUCUAAGUAUAUUGGAAAAACAUGCCAAUAAAAUAUCACCGAUAAAGGCCUUGUCAGUGUUGCCAGACUCAGUGUCGCUGGGCCGGCUCAAGUACUUCCUGGAGAGCGCGUUGGAGAGCCAGCUCACGCUCAAGCGGCGCACGCAGGUCCUUAAAGGAUUGCUAUAUGCUGAGCACUUACAGGUACAAGAAGUUAAGCAAUUCCACGAGUCGAAGAGCAUAGUGAUAAACGACUACAACGUCUGUCCAGUUUGUAAGAAACGUUUCGGCAAUCAGAGCGCGUUCGUGCGCUACCCUAAUGGCGAUAUUGUUCAUUAUUCUUGUAAACUUGAUAAG